UUGGCAAACAAACCCAAUUUAGAUCAAGCACUUCUUUCUUCUUAUCUCUCAGCUGCAAUUUCUCACUUGCAAGUAUUUACUAGAGAAUAGUAAUCGGCUCUUUUGGAUCUUUGGUCAUCUGGGUCUCGUCCAAAAAGCAAAAGAUGGUCCUGAAGAAGCUGAUUUGAUAUUUAUAUUUUAGGGUUUGAGUUUCACUGUCCGCUCGUUUCUCUUUUGUAAAAGAGCAAGCUUUUGAAUCAAUGGAGGCUUAUAAGAGAUGGGUUAGGGAGAACAAGGACUACGUGCAAUCCCUGGAAUCUCUGGCCAACGGUUUGACAUGGCUUCUUCCUGAACGAUUUUCUACUUCAGAGAUAGGACCGGAAGCAGUAACUGCUCUUUUUGGCAUAAUCACGGCUAUCAAUGAACAUAUAAUAGAAACAUCUCCUCCCCCAAAAUACUCCGGCCCUUUAAAGCCUUACUCUUUUCCUUACCCGCUGUGCAUCUCUGCUUUGAAAGAAUUGGAAACGUUGGUUGAAGUUGCAGCUCACGAUUAUUUUGGUGAGGAGAAGAAAUGGAAUUUCAUUGCUUUUAUGGAGGCCACCAAGGUGGUAGUAAGAUUAGCUUUGUUUCGGAAUGGUGGAUAUAAGAUGCUUCUGCAUGGAGGUGAUAUGCCAAAUGAUGAUGAGCAUUUGAAAACUUCAAGUCCCCAUUACAAGAAUGGUGGUUUUGCAAAACCAGGAGAUCAUCAGAGGCCUGGUUUCUUGAUGAACAAUCACGGACAGAACCCAUGGAAUCUAGAAGGAAGAGCACUGUUUGCAUUGAACAGGUUUGGGGAAAAUGCUAGGAUGGUCUCAAACCCAGCGUGGUUGUGUAGGGUUCAACAUCAACAAGCAAUUAUCAAUCCCCCACGCCCAGUGGUUGAAAGGCGAACCCUUUCGACAAUAUUGGCUGAAAAGGGUUUUCGUGGGGCUUUGUUUGUUGCUGGGGAAGUGUUAUUUAUCACAAGACCCCUUAUUUAUGUUGCAUUUAUCCGGAAAUAUGGAGUUCGUUCGUGGAUUCCUUGGGUUUUUUCGUUGGCUGUGGAUCUCAUAGGAAUGGGAAUUCUUUCACAUGUCACGUCACGAGAGGAUGGUAAAAAAGAGAAAAUUCAUCUUUCUGAAGCAGAGCAGCAUGAGAUUAAAAGAAGAAAGCUGUUGUGGGCAUUUUACCUCUUGAGAGAUCCGUUCUUUAGCAAGUAUAUCAGGCAAAGACUCGAAAGCACCGAGAAGAUCUUGGAACCUGUACCUGUUAUCGGGUUUCUUACAGGGAAAGUUGUUGAGCUUCUCAUGGGAGCUCAGACUCGGUAUACUUAUACGUCAGGAUCAUAAGGUGGAAAGGUUGAUGAGCUAUUGAGCUAUGCUUCUUGCAGCUCUACAUUUGUUUUAGUUGUUAUAAAAUAGAAAAGUAGGAUCCUAUAGGUAAAGUAGUCCCUCAACCAGGGGGAAUAUUUUUGUGUCUUCUCUUAUGUUGUCUACUAUUUUCAGGCCAUGGAAACAAAAGGAAGAUUGAAAAGGCAUUAUUUUUUUUGACAAAGAAACAACCCUAAUAAAAUUGAGAAGUCUUGGUGGUAGUACAGGAUUUAUGCAUACAAAAUGUUUUCGUAUUAGGUAUGCUAUAUUCAUACCUUCUGCUCAACUUUGGCAGCUCCUAUUUUGUCAAAUUGAUAAUAUUUAUUCA